CGGAAAGUGUCGUUGGUUUUCGGCACUCGUAUCGAGACUAGAUACUACGGUCCAGGAUUACGUGCAAACAUGGCGGAGGCCUCCUUUGGGAAUUCGAGCCCAGGAGGUUCAACACACUCUGAUGACCGUGAUUUUGAUCCAUCAGCAGAGAUGCUUGUUCAUGACUUUGAUGAUGAACGCACCCUUGAAGAAGAAGAAAUGUUGGAAGCAGCAGAUGAGACAAAUGGCAAUGAAAUUGAAGAUCUUGCACGAGAAGGAGAGAUGCCCAUUCAUGAGCUGCUGAGUUUGUAUGGUUAUAGAAGUGGUUCGCCUGCAGAUGAAGAAGAGGAUGAGGAAGAGGAACAAGAUGAUGAAGAGGAUGAUGAAGAAGAGGAGGAAGAGGAGGAUGUGGACAAUGAUGAAAGUAGCAGAAGUACCGGAGAACUAAAAAGAACAGAGGGUGAAGGAGUGAAAGUCUCACCUGCACAGGGGGAUGGGGCCCCGGUGUCCUGUGAGGGCCGCACCCGCUCAGUCAGGUCUCUUGGCACAGUAGAACUUAUCCGCCCCCAGAAACUCAAGUACUUUGAAAAUAAUAAUGAUGCAGAAGAUGAAUCUGAUGAAGAUGAGGACUAUGUUCCAUCUGAAGAUUGGAAAAAGGAGAUCAUGGUGGGUUCCAUGUACCAGGCAGAGAUCCCUGUGGGUCUAAGUAAAUAUAAAGACAAUGACAAAGUUUAUGAAAAUGAUGAUCAGUUGUUGUGGAACCCCGAAUGUCUUUGUGAAGACAAAGUGGUGGAGUUUUUGACAGAGGCAUCAAGGCGAACUGGAGAGGAGACUGGAGUAGAUGCAGUCCCAGAGGGAUCUCACAUCAAAGACAAUGAACAGGCUUUAUAUGAACUGGUGAAAUGUGACUUUGACACAGAGGAAGCUUUAAGAAGACUUCGGUUCAAUGUAAAAGCAGCCAGAGAGGAGCUGGCCGUCUGGACCGAAGAGGAAUGUAGAAAUUUUGAGCAAGGACUAAAAGUAUAUGGCAAAGACUUUCACUUAAUACAGGGCAACAAGGUCAGAACUAGGUCUGUAGGAGAAUGUGUGGCCUUUUAUUACAUGUGGAAGAAGUCUGAGCGUUAUGAUUUCUUUGCACAGCAAACCAGACUUGGGAAAAGGAAAUACAACCUUCACCCUGGUGUCACAGACUACAUGGACAGACUGUUGGAUGAGACGGAGAGCGCAGCAUCCAGCAGGGCGGCGUCACCGCCUCCCACUAACUCCAGCAGCAGCACCAGUCACUCCGAGAGGGAAGACAGCAGCAGUCAGAACGGUGUUGCAAGCCAUAGUUCAAGUCACUCUGCAGAUGGAACUCAGUUGGUCCCUGCAGCUCAAGUCAAACCUGAAACCAUUCAGUCCAAUGGCCCCUCACGGCCAUUAGUGGAAGCGCCUCCCCACGUUUCCGCCAGCAGUUCAAAUGGCUGUGGUCAGCUGUGCACGCCAAGCCACGACCGAAACGGACCUCUGGAGCCCGCUGAAGACCACAGAGACACAGUGAUGGACAACAGGCUGACCAAGAGGUGUAGAACAGAGGCAGGGCUCCUGAGCCAAAGCGAGGUGGAACCCCCGAGAACACACAAGAACUGAACGCUCCCAGAUGCUGACGAAUAGAUGAUUAUGGGUAAAUAGGCAGAGGCUGGAAGAAGGGAUGAGUCUGCCUCAACUCUUACGUUCCUCCUUAAAAACUCACUUCACAGCAAGGUCAGAGGUCACUGAAAACAGCUUGACCAACAUGGUUAGCUGAACUGCAGCUGAUACUCCAGGAGGAGCACCAUCUGCUCCACAGACCCCGCCCAUCCGUGCAGUGGCUGCAUGCACAGCUCCUCCCAAAGUACAACGCAGCUUCAGAUGCUCUAUCAUCUUCUAAACAACUUCUCUGGAGACUGAGCUCAGUUUUGCCAAGAAAAGAAAGUCUAUUUGUAUUCAAAGGAAAAUAACCUGAUAUUUUUUAACAAGAUAUUUAUUUUUUUUAAAUGGAUAAAUCUAUAAUGGAUAUGUCAGUGCCAUUGCAACAUUUGAGGAAACAGCCGUUUUAAGGUUUAUGUACUUAAAUUAACAGGUCAUAAAAGUCACUUUAGUCGCACUUUGAUUGUACAUUUUUCUGCUGACUGAAGCGUGCUGAUGAAACCUGGCCGCAUUCCACUUUUCACUCGUGUUCGAUUCUUGAAAAUGAACCCGUAGGUGGCUCCCCCUGCAGGUUUGUUUGUGCAAAGCAGCUGACAUCAAUGAUGUCCUGUAUUAUCUCGUGUUGAAGAUGGCUGUAUUUUGGGAUUUUUUUUUUGCAGUCAGUGCUUUGCUUUUGCUAAACAGAAUGUUGUGAAUUUUAAUGUAAAGUUUGUAUAGAUUUCUUACCAUGAGCAGUUGCUACAUUUUUAUAGCAUUUUUUUUCUGGUCUUUCUUGUAAGCUUUUUAAUCGAGAACUUUGACUGAUGGAUGUAAACAGGUAGCCAUUCCAUCUCCACCCCCCAUUUACCAGCACUUCCCAUUCCGGUGUGAUCCUGCUCCUUAUGGCAUCUUUGUUUGCAGAGAACCUUCUGAGUGAAAAGGUCUCAGUUUAAAUGGGCUUCAGCAGCAACACAAACCUGUGAUAAUCUGGGCAACCGCAAAUCGGUUUAAGGUGCAAGUGCUUUACUUUGUAUUUCAAUGUCAACCAUGCAAAUUAAGAUGUUUGUUUCCGUGUUGAUCCACAAUGUUUUCUCUGUAAAUGACUCGUGAAUAAAAAUGAAGUAUAUU